AUGAGCGACCGCAAUGGCAGAGACCUCGAUUAUGGGAGCAGGACGUUUCAUUCUUCCUCGACCGGGUCGAACUAUGCUCUAUUCAGCCCCGCCCGCACCACCACCUACACCACCCCGUACACCACCACAAACAACUCGUCCAGCACCGCCGCCCUCUUAGCGCGGGCCCGAGCCGAGAUGGACGACGACAGAGGCUCGAGAUCGAGAUCGCUAGUGGGCUCCUGGGCGUUCUCCCCGACCCGCGGGUCGUCAGACCUGUACAGGGAACGUAACGAGGGCGUGUACCAUUCGAACUCAUCGGCCCUGUCGCAUCGCUCCACGUCCUCGGAGCGCCGCCGCCGCUACCACGAAGACAUGGAGAUGGACCAGUUCGCCGACAGCCGCCUGCGCGACUGGCUCGACAGCGGGACUGGCACUUUACGGCGCGCCAGAUCCUUCGAUCGCGGACGUCCGACGACGACGGCCACUCGUCCAUAUUCACCCUCGCUCUCGCCUUCGCGCUCUCGACAACGUUCUCCUCUUCUGUCACGUUUUCGCUCCCCUUCCCGAAUACGUUCUCCUCUUCUUUCGCCCUUCCGCUCUCGCUCUCGCUCCGAUGUUCGCGCAUCGGCUCCAUUAUCGACCGUGGCCACACCCACUCCCAGAGCGACUAUGCACGGGAUGACCCGUAUAGCUGGAGGCGCAGGAGCUCGAGUGGGGAUCGCCGUCUGCAUGACGACAGGUCAUAUAGCGAUGGCUUCGUAUGGCGACGUCCCUGGUGAGCGUGGGUGGGCGAGAUAUUCCUAG